AUUCUAUUUCGUUCUAUCUCUCGUUCCAGUUGGAAUUCAAUCUGAGACUAAUCUUGGUCUUAUCCCUCACCUCAACCUUUUUCAGCAAGCUUUCUUUUUUCAAACUGUCGUAAUCUCUUUUCUCCUUUAUAUAAACGCACGUACACACAUGAAUUUUAGUUUUGAAGGCAAUUUUAAGCAAAAGCGCAACAUUAAUCUCGGAGGAAAACGAGUUCAGGACGAUAAAAAGACGCUCAUUGCAAAGGCUCAAGCGGACCGGCGUGCUAGAGAGCAAGAGCGGUUAAGGCUGCGCAGUGCUAUAAAGAUACAGUCAUUCUUUCGUGGACGACGAGAAGCGGCCAUUGUACGUCAACAGCGUCUGGGCGAUUUGCAUAAUCUUUUACAGCAGCUCAGCAGUAACAGUAACGACAGUGCAUCGAUCGCCCAUUGCAUACAAACUUUUCUACUCAGAUACAACAAGUCAACGUGCGAUGCAGCAACAGCAAGUCACUUUUGCCGUAUACUCUUACCAGUAACACCAUCAACAACGAAAGACGCGUCUACUACUGCUACUCCCAUUACGUCUCUUUUUUCAAAUACCCAACAACCGAAAGAAGCUGAUAUCUGGUCUUGGCGCGUUAUUCUUUUUAUCAACAGAAUUUUGCUGCCAAUUUUGUACACAACGACAUCAUCGAGCGACAUCCCAUCGAUCCUUCAAUUUCUAGCCGUCGCUGUAAACCCCGAUACUUAUGCGACAGCUAAUCGAGACGCAUAUUUGCGGAUAAUGACGAAUGUUCUCAUCCACGGCGAUCUACUAAGGGCCAUACAACUGGUCAUCAUCGCCGAGGACAGUGAGGAGUACCCGGAACAACAUCAACAAGGAACAUUAGUCAGCAACGUUUUAGAUAUUGUGACCAACGUUAUUCGAUGCCAACCUCCUUACAAUUUCGCACCAUCCAUCAUCCUUCAAUGGCGACCAGCACCAAUAAAACCGGUGAUGAUGUCUGGACUAUUCGGUGGCGGAACAAGUUCCUCAACAAAAGCGGAAACGGAAGAGAACGACCAGAAUAUUCGCUUAAAUAGGGAUCUCGUUGUGGAUCUCAUCGCUCAAAACAUUUUAUCGAUCCCAUUCUUUGUGGACAAACUAUCGCCGACAGUUGCGUCCCGGUAUAUGCAUGCUUUACCAUUUGAAAUGGUACUGAAAUCUAUCAUCCGGCUUAACGAUCGCAAUGCAUGGGCUGAGGAGGACAGGGCAGCAGGAUUGCUGAUUAAUAUCACACAAUUAGCAAAAAUCGAUUCAGAUGUGUACCUUGAAAGAGCCCUAGAACUCUAUGCUCAAUCCAUUCAAGCGCUCUUAUCCAAUAUCCCGCCUUCCUAUUUUGCUGAGCCAAAACCUGAAGAACUCAUUGAAGAAGAUUCUGAUUUCUCUGACGAUUCUGACGUUGAGCGUGGAUUUACUGAAAGUCGGGAUACGGUCAUGACGGAAGCGCGGGUGCAGGCAGAUCCACGAAUCAAGGAACGGCUUGAAUUAUUGUACGAUACACAACAUAUAGACAUUCUGGUGCGCCAUUUCAUUAACAUGGCAGCAGUAGCAUCAUCAUCAUCGCCGUCUGCUUCUGCUGCUACAUCGCCUAUUGAUGUGCAAGAAGUAUCCGGUGAAAUGGCGUGUCUUUUCAAUACCCUGAUGACUCAGUGGCCAUCUAAAAAAGACUCUAUAUUGAAUACACUGUUGUAUCAUCGAUGGUGGUCCGACACGAAUCAAACUGUAGCGGUGCAUUUAGCACAAUUCUUUUGGCGAGCAUGGUCAAACCAUCCUUAUGCUGCUAUUUUUGAUGACGAUGAUCGGAUAAUGGAUCGUUUGCCGGAAGCACUUCGCUCUAUGACCGAUACCACGGGGACUGAGAUUUGGGCCAUACUGUAUCUACUUUGCGAAAUGUAUACCAAGCUGUUGCUGACCAUUGGUGAUGAUGAAUUUUUCGACAAGACCUCUCCAGGCAAUCAGCUUACGCUCCAACAAAUUAUACGGUUUAGCAGACAUCUUAAGAAUCUGUCAUUUACUCUCUUUUGGAGGGCAGGAAGCUUGGAGAUGGAAAACAUGCUUGGCAACACAGGAAUCCGGAUAUCUCAAUUAAGAAGUACAGUGACGCAUGUGCUGCAACAAAUACACAGGAGAGAUUCCAGACGAUCAUUCUGCCCUAUUGAUCACUGGCUUAUAAAAAAACUUGAUUCCGAAGGCUUUUCAUCUGAUGCAGUCGCUGAAGAAUUCUCACUUGAAAACGAUCCAGAGCAACAAUCACGGCAGCCUUCAAAGACACGACUUGCAUUAAUAAGUCCACGACUAGGCGUGCUCAAUAAUAUACCAUUUGUGAUUCCGUUCGAGCAACGUGUCGCGAUUUUCCGCAUGUUUGUACAAAACGAUAGACAACGCAAUAGCCUUGAUUUCUACAUACGACCUGCUGCGGAGGUCACCAUACGACGUGAUCAUGUGUUUGAAGACGGCUUUACGCAUUUGUAUGCUUUAGGAACUGACCUCAAGAAAAGGAUAUCCAUCAGCUUUGUCGACGAAUUUGGACUUCAAGAAGCUGGUAUCGAUGGUGGCGGUGUAUUCAAAGAAUUUCUUACAAGUCUGAGUCGUGAAGCCUUUGAUACCAACUAUGGUCUUUUCCGCGCAACGCCUGAUCAGUUAUUGUAUCCAAAUCCCAGUGGAUAUGCAAUAGAAUCGAGUCAGCUUGCGUAUUUUGAGUUUUUGGGUUUGAUCAUUGGGAAGGCUGUGUACGAGGGUAUUCUGUUGGAUGUUGCAUUUGCCGAGUUUUUUUUAAAGAAAUGCUUGGGUGGCAUGAAUUAUUUGGAUGAUUUACCAUCACUCGAUCCCGAACUCUAUAAUGGUCUUAUCGCCGUGAAAAACUUCCAAGGAAACGUGGAGGAUUUGUCCCUCGAUUUCUCAAUAACAGAUAGUGAAUAUGGCGAAGCACGUACAGUGGAUCUAAUUCCAAACGGCAGCAAUAUACCAGUAACCAAUGCCAAUCGUAUUCCCUAUGUGUACCGUGUCGCAAACUAUCGCCUCAAUAUUCAGAUAGCCAAGCAAUCGAGAGCUUUUUUCAGGGGACUCUCAACCAUUGUGGAUGUCAAAUGGCUGCGUAUGUUCAACCAGACCGAGUUACAGGUCCUUUUGGGUGGCGCAUCCGUGCCAAUUGAUCUCGAAGAUCUUCGAGCACAUACAGUGUAUUCUGGAUACACAGAGCAAGAUGACACUGUCAAGAAUUUGUGGAAAGCGUUGUACAGUUUUAACAAUGAAGAAAGGAUGAAGUUUGUCAAGUUUGUCACGUCGUGUUCCCGACCGCCAUUAUUAGGUUUCAAGGAGUUACGGCCUCAAAUUUGUGUUCGGCUUGCUGGUGCUGAUGAUGGUCGAUUACCUACAAGCUCUACAUGCAUCAACCUGUUAAAACUACCACAAUUUAGCAGUUACAGUAUCUUACGAGAGAAACUGUCAUAUGCAAUCAAUGCUGAAGCAGGAUUUGACUUAUCGUAAAUACAAAUAAACAAAAAUAGCCU